GGUACUCGGCGGGGCGAGGCGGCGAACGACAGAGACAGACCCACGCGGCUGCGCCCCUGCCUCGCUUCCCUGGUGCCGGCGGCGGUGGCUGCAGCCACACCCCUGCUCCACUUGAAGAUGGAGAAGAUGCUGCUCGGAUGCUUGCUAAUGCUUGGACAGUUCUUCCUCCUGCCCGCUGGAGCCAGAGACCGCCCACAAGCCAGAUUUCCCUCCAGAGGCCGCCAUGUCCGAACACAUCCCCAGACGGCACUGCUGGAGAGCUCUUGUGAGAAUAAGCGGGCGGAUCUGGUGUUCAUCAUCGACAGCUCCCGAAGUGUCAACGCCCACGACUACUCAAAGGUCAAGGAGUUCAUUCUGGAUAUCCUCCAGUUCCUGGAUAUCGGUCCUGAUGUCACCCGAGUAGGCCUGCUCCAGUACGGCAGCACAGUCAAGAACGAGUUCUCCCUGAAGACCUUCAAGAGGAAGUCUGAGGUGGAGCGAGCUGUCAGAAGGAUGAGGCAUCUGUCCACAGGCACCAUGACGGGACUGGCCAUCCAGUAUGCCCUCAACAUUGCCUUCUCAGAAGCAGAGGGGGCCCGGCCCUUGCGGGAGAAUGUGCCCCGGGUCAUGAUGAUUGUGACCGACGGGAGGCCUCAGGACUCAGUGGCUGAGGUGGCUGCAAAAGCCCGGGACACAGGCAUCCUGAUCUUUGCCAUUGGCGUGGGUCAGGUGGACCUGAACACACUGAAGGCCAUCGGGAGUGAGCCCCACAAGGACCACGUCUUCUUGGUGGCCAAUUUCAGCCAGAUCGAAUCUUUGACCUCUGUGUUCCAGAACAAGUUGUGCACGGUCCACAUGUGCAGCGUCUUGGAACACAACUGUGCACACUUCUGCAUCAACACACCCGGCUCGUACACCUGCAGGUGCAAGCAAGGGUACAUUCUCAACGCGGACCAGAAGACUUGCAGAAUCCAGGAUCUGUGUGCCUCAGAGGACCACGGCUGUGAGCAGCUAUGCGUGAAUCUGCCAGGUUCCUUCGUCUGCCAGUGCUACAGCGGCUACACCCUGGCCGAGGAUGGGAAGCAGUGCACAGCUGUGGACUACUGUGCCUCAGGAAAUCAUGGAUGUGAACACGAGUGUGUAAAUGCUGAAGGUUCCUUCCUGUGCCAGUGCCACGAGGGAUUUUCUCUCAACCCAGAUAAGAAAACAUGCACAAAGAUCGACUACUGUGCCUCAUCUAACCACGGAUGUCAGCACGAGUGUGUUAAUGCCCAGAAGUCCGCUUUCUGCCGCUGCCUGAAGGGCUUCAUGCUGAAUCCAGACGGGAAAACCUGCCGAAGGAUCAACUACUGUGCACUAAACAAGCCAGGCUGUGAACACGAGUGUGUCAACACAGAGGAAGGCCAUUAUUGCCGCUGCCGUCAGGGCUAUACCCUGGAUUCCAAUGGCAAGACCUGCAGCCGGGUGGACCACUGUGCACAGCAGGACCACGGCUGUGAGCAGCUAUGUCUGAACACAGAGGAAUCCUUUGUCUGCCAGUGCUCAGAAGGCUUCCUCAUCAAUGAUGACCUCAAGACCUGCUCCAGGGCAGAUUACUGCUUGCUGAGUGACCACGGUUGCGAAUACUCCUGCAUCAACACAGACAGGUCCUUUGCCUGUCAAUGUCCUGAGGGUCACGUGCUCCGCAGCGACGGGAAGACCUGUGCAAAACUGGACUCUUGUGCUUUGGGGAACCAUGGCUGUGAACAUUCAUGUGUAAGCAGUGAAGACUCAUUCGUGUGUCAGUGUUUCGAGGGAUACAUCCUCCGUGACGACGGAAAGACUUGCAGAAGGAAAGACGUCUGUCAGGCUGUAGACCACGGCUGUGAGCACCUUUGUGUAAGCAGCGGCGAGUCGUACGUCUGCAAGUGUCUGGAAGGGUUCAGGCUGGCUCAGGAUGGGAAGCACUGUAGAAGGAAGGAUGUCUGCAAGUCGACCCACCACGGCUGUGAGCACAUAUGUGUGAACAACGGGGAUUUCUAUACAUGCCGGUGCUCAGAGGGCUUUGUCCUGGCUGAGGAUGGGAAGCACUGCAAGAGAUGCACUGAGGGCCCAAUUGACCUAGUCUUUGUGAUUGAUGGGUCCAAGAGUCUCGGAGAAGACAAUUUUGAGAUUGUGAAGCAUUUUGUCACUGGGAUUAUAGAUUCCCUGGCAGUUUCCCCCAAAGCGGCUCGGGUGGGGCUGCUGCAGUAUUCCACACAGGUCCGCACCGAGUUUUCCCUGAGGGACUUCAGCUCAGCCAAGGACAUGAAGAAAGCUGUGGUCCACAUGAAAUACAUGGGCAAAGGCUCUAUGACCGGACUGGCCCUGAAACACAUGUUUGAGAGAAGUUUUACCCAAGUAGAAGGGGCCAGGCCCCUCUCUACCCGGGUGCCCAGAGUAGCCAUUGUGUUCACCGAUGGACGGGCUCAGGACGACGUCUCCGAGUGGGCCAGCAAAGCCAAGGCCAAUGGUAUCACUAUGUAUGCUGUUGGGGUAGGAAAAGCCAUUGAGGAAGAACUACAGGAGAUUGCCUCUGAACCCACGGACAAGCAUCUCUUCUAUGCUGAAGACUUCAGCACAAUGGGCGAGAUCAGUGAGAAGCUGAAGCAAGGCAUCUGUGAAGCUCUAGAAGACUCUGAUGGAAGACAGGACUCCCCAGCAGGGGAACCACCAAAGCAGGUCCACCAGCCAACAGUGCAGCAUAGGUAUCUGUUUGAAGAAGACAAUCUUUCACGAUCUACACAAAAGCUUUCCCACUCAACAAAGUCUUCAGGAAGUCCUUUGGAAGAAAGCCAAGACCAAUGCAAAUGUGAAAACCUUAUAAUGUUCCAGAACCUUGCAAAUGAAGAAGUAAGAAAACUAACCCAGCGCUUAGAAGAAAUGACUCAAAGAAUGGAAGCCUUAGAAAACCGCCUACGAUACAGAUGAAGACUAGAAAUGCUUUCAUGUGUUUAUACAUCAUAAAAAGGAUUUCAAAAAAAAGUGGUGGAGCCUCAAAGCUCACACCAUAGUUAAAUCUCUAAGCUGUAAAGCAACUCACAACCAGUACAGAAGACACUGGACUGCUCUACAAAGAGAAAAUGGAGACACUAAGGGGGAGGGGUCCUUCUGAAGCCUAAAAUGAAUUUACCCUAAUAAAUGAGCUGUGCUGUGUUCUGUGAUCUGCUGUGGGUACAAUUUGCUUCUGCCUUCCUGCCUUAGCACUGAAAUCUCAUUUGACAAUUCUGCAGAAAACUGACCCCACAAAUGGCUAAUGUUUUUG